AUGCUUCUCAAACACUUCCUUCUUCACACACUUCUUGCCCAAACCUCAAUCACCGCCCUCCCCAACCCUUACACCAAGAAUUAUGAUGUUGAGGCUAGGGAUGACCACGGGGAUCCCGCGGAUCCCAUCGUGAUCAGCGAUUGUGGCGAUGAGGCGUACCUAAGGGACGGCAAGUGUGUCUGCAACACGGAAGGUCGGGAGUAUGACCAAUUCACCAAGAAGUGCAACGGUCCCCUUGAGACCAAUGAAGAAGUAGCAUUUAUCGCCUCUGAGGUUACACUUCCGAAUGCUCGGCAGGGCGACGAGUACUCUCACCGCAUCACUGGCCUUAUCAAGGGUGGUGGUGACUCCGUCACCUUUUCCAAGCAUAGCCGGGGCCCCGACUGGCUCUUUGUCAGUCCCGACGGCGUCCUCUCCGGCACGCCUGGUCCCGAGGCGAGCAUAUCCCGCGUCUCAAUCCGCGCGACGGGCACCGGCAGUUCUACUGCCACUGCCGUCUUUAAGAUCCCCGUCCGCCCUGCAGGCUCCCCCCUUGUGCAGAAGCUCCAGGUGCUCUCCUACAACAUGUGGCAUGGCGGUACUCAGGUCAACAACUACCAUGAGAAGCAGGUCCGCUUCCUCGCCAUGUCCGGCGCCGACAUUGUCGGUCUUCAGGAGGAUCAGUCUGGCCGCCACGCGCCUCGGCUCGCCUCGGCUCUGGGAUGGCAUUACUGGACUAGCGGCGGCGACGUUGGGAUCCUAAGUAAAUAUCCCAUUGUUGAGGAGUACGGUGUUAUUAUCACGCCUAGCCGCUCAGGUGGCGCGCGGAUCGCUCUCGACGGCGAGGAUCAGCAGGUCAACUUCUACGUCGCUCACUUGGGCCAUGAUCCGUACGGACCAUACGACUUCUGCUUCGACAACAUGACAGUCGAGCGAGUGCUGGAGCGCGAAGCGCAAUCUGGCCGUACGUCGCAGAUCACGGAUACGUUGGCAGCUAUGGAGGAACAUCUUGCGCAGGCUGACCAAGUGCCUACCCUGCUCGUGGGGGAUAUUAAUGCGCCGUCGCACCUUGAUUGGAUUGAGGAGCUGAAGGAGAAGAACUGCGGAUUCUGGGAUGUGCCCUGGCCGACCUCAGUGUUACCAGAGGAAAAGGGGCUGAUUGACUCGUUCCGCGUGGCCAACCCGGAUCCAGUCGCGGUGCAAGGUACUACCUGGUCCCCUGUUUUCCCGUGGAAUGAUAGUCGGGAUUUGCCUGAGCCGCAGGAUAGAAUUGACUUUAUCUAUUACAAGGGGAAGGGCUUGAAGGUGCAGGAAUCGCGAAGGGUGGUCGUUGGAGAGCCCAAGCCGUAUCCGGAUCACAAAGAUAAUGAGUGGACUACGGACCAUGCAGCCGUACUGACGGUCUAUGAGCUGACCGCCUGA